ACAUAAUUUAAGAAAAUGAAGCAGGGAAAUCUCCUGAUACUAGUGUUCUUAUUGGCUUAUUGCUUCGGCUCUGUUUGUGUGAUAAACGCAGAGGACCCUUAUCGUUUCUUCACGUGGACUGUUACUUAUGGAACAAGAUCUCCUUUAGGUGUUCCACAACAGGUUAUUCUUAUCAAUGGCCAGUUUCCUGGUCCUCCAAUUGAAGGUGUAACAAACGAUAACAUCCUUGUUAAUCUAAUUAACAAGAUCGAUGAACCUUUACUCAUCACCUGGAACGGAAUAAAACAGAGGAGGAUGUCAUGGCAAGACGGAGUUUUGGGCACAAGCUGCCCAAUCCAACCAAACUCGAAUUGGACUUACCAUUUCCAGCUUAAGGACCAAAUCGGAACUUAUACGUACUUUUCUUCUACGUCGAUGCACAGAGCAAGUGGUGCUUUUGGUGCACUCAAUGUUAACCAGAGAUCAGUCAUCUUUGUUCCUUACCAUAAACCUGAUGGUGAUUUCACUCUCCUCGUCAGUGAUUGGUACAAGAUGGGCCAUAAGGCGCUACGAAAGAGGCUCGACUCUGGUCGUGCUCUUCCUCUCCCGGAUGGUCUUCUGAUAAAUGGUGCUUCUAAAGGUUUAGCCUUUACCGGUGAACAUGGCAAAUUUUACAGGUUUCGGAUAUCUAAUGUUGGAAUAUCGACAUCGAUUAACUUUAGGAUACAAGGACACAUGAUGACUCUCGUCGAAGUAGAAGGCUCUCACACUCUGGAAGAGGUCUAUGAGUCGCUUGAUGUACAUGUUGGUCAGUCCUUGACUGUUCUGGUCACAUUGAAAGCUCCAGUGAAAGACUAUUUCAUAGUCGCUUCAACCCGGUUUACCAAACCAGUACUGACCACCACAGCUUUCCUACAUUACAAAGGUUCAAAAACCAGACCAUCUCGCCCCCUCCCCAUUGGUCCUACUUACCAUAUCCACUGGUCAAUGAAACAAGCAAGAACUAUCAGGUUAAAUUUGACGGCUAAUGCAGCAAGGCCUAACCCACAGGGAGCGUUUCACUAUGGUACCAUACCGAUAAGUCAAACUUUGGUUCUAGCUAACGCGAGAACAAAGAUCGACGGGAAACUCCGGUACACAGUGAACCGUGUGUCAUACGUUAACCCAACAACUCCAUUAAAAUUAGCCGACUGGUACAAUAUUCCUGGAGUGUUCGAUUUCAAGACCAUUAAGAACAUUCCUACACCAGGACCAUCUAUUCUCGGAACCUCGGUUUUAGACUUUGCUCUCCAUGAAUAUGUUGAGUUCGUGUUCCAGAACAACGAGAGAUCGAUCCAGUCUUGGCACAUUGAUGGCACGAAUGCUUAUGUUGUUGGAUACGGGACAGGCACAUGGAACGUGGCCAUGAGGAAACGCUACAAUUACGUUGAUGCGGUUUCAAGGCAUACUUUUCAGGUAUAUCCAAUGUCGUGGACGAGCGUACUGGCAUCAUUGGACAACAAGGGAAUGUGGAAUGUGAGGUCACAAAUAUGGUCAAGGAGAUAUUUAGGACAAGAACUCUAUGUUCGUGUCUGGAACAACGAGAGAUCUCUCUACACUGAAGCCGAACCGCCUGUUAACGCUCUCUAUUGUGGAAAAGCCAAACGUCCCGUUUGAUUUAAAUAAAUUUAUUGUUUAUUGUUUUGCUUUUCUUUUUUCUUAUAUAUUUGGGGUUAUUAUUAAUUAGACCACGAGGCUGCGUGACGUUUAUAUAUAAGC